CGCACGCGCGCCGCUUCCUGGUGGCAGGCGCGGGCAGGGCCGCGUUGCGUCAUCGGGGCGCGCGCCGCAGAGAAAGCUGUGGUUGCCGGAAGUUGAGCGGCGGCAAGAAAUAAUGGCAGCAGCUACAGGGGAUCCUGGACUCUCUAAACUGCAGUUUGCCCCCUUUAGCAGUGCCUUGGAUGUUGGUUUCUGGCAUGAGUUGACCCAGAAGAAGCUGAAUGAGUAUCGGCUGGAUGAAGCUCCCAAGGACAUUAAGGGUUAUUACUACAAUGGUGACUCUGCUGGGCUGCCAGCUCGCUUAACAUUGGAGUUCAGUGCUUUUGACAUGAGUGCUCCCACCCCAGCCCGUUGCUGCCCAGCUGUUGGAACACUGUAUAACACCAACACACUCGAGUCUUUCAAGACUGCAGAUAAGAAGCUCCUUUUGGAACAAACAGCAAAUGAGAUAUGGGAAUCCAUAAAAUCAGGUGCUGCUCUUGAAAAUCCUGUACUCCUCAACAAGUUCCUCCUCUUGACAUUUGCAGAUCUAAAGAAGUACCACUUCUACUAUUGGUUUUGCUAUCCUGCCCUCUGCCUUCCAGAGAGUUUACCUCUCAUUCAGGGGCCAGUGGGUUUGGAUCAAAGGUUUUCACUAAAACAGAUUGAAGCAUUAGAGUGUGCAUAUGAUAAUCUUUGUCAAACAGAAGGAGUCACAGCUCUUCCUUACUUCUUAAUCAAGUAUGAUGAGAACACGGUGCUGGUUUCCUUGCUUAAACACUACAGUGAUUUCUUCCAAGGUCAAAGGAUGAAGAUAACAAUUGGUGUAUAUGAUCCCUGUAACUUAGCCCAGUACCCUGGAUGGCCUUUGAGGAAUUUUUUGGUCCUAGCAGCCCACAGAUGGAGUAGCAGUUUCCAGUCUGUUGAAGUUCUUUGCUUCCGUGACCGUACCAUGCAGGGGGCGCGAGACGUUGCCCACAGCAUCAUCUUCGAAGUGAAGCUUCCAGAAAUGGCAUUUAGCCCAGAUUGUCCUAAAGCAGUUGGAUGGGAAAAGAACCAGAAAGGAGGCAUGGGACCAAGGAUGGUGAACCUCAGUGAAUGUAUGGACCCUAAAAGGUUAGCUGAGUCAUCAGUGGAUCUAAAUCUCAAACUGAUGUGUUGGAGAUUGGUUCCUACUUUAGACUUGGACAAGGUUGUGUCUGUCAAAUGUCUGCUGCUUGGAGCCGGCACCUUGGGUUGCAAUGUAGCUAGGACGUUGAUGGGUUGGGGCGUGAGACACAUCACAUUUGUGGACAAUGCCAAGAUCUCCUACUCCAAUCCUGUGAGGCAGCCUCUCUAUGAGUUUGAAGAUUGCCUAGCGGGUGGUAAGCCCAAGGCUCUGGCUGCAGCAGACCGGCUCCAGAAAAUAUUCCCCGGUGUGAAUGCCAGAGGAUUCAACAUGAGCAUACCCAUGCCUGGGCAUCCAGUGAACUUCUCCAGUGUCACUCUGGAGCAAGCCCGCAGAGAUGUGGAGCAACUGGAGCAGCUCAUCGAAAGCCAUGAUGUCAUUUUCCUGUUGAUGGACACCAGGGAGAGCAGGUGGCUUCCUGCUGUCAUUGCUGCAAGCAAGAGAAAGCUGGUCAUCAAUGCUGCUUUGGGAUUUGACACAUUUGUUGUCAUGAGACAUGGCCUGAAGAAACCAAAGCAGCAGGGAGCUGGGGACUUGUGUCCAAACUACCCUGUGGCAUCUGCUGACCUCCUGGGCUCAUCACUUUUUGCCAACAUCCCUGGUUACAAGCUUGGCUGCUAUUUCUGCAAUGAUGUGGUGGCCCCAGGAGAUUCAACCAGAGACCGGACCUUGGACCAGCAGUGCACUGUGAGUCGUCCAGGAUUGGCCAUGAUUGCAGGAGCCCUGGCCGUGGAAUUGAUGGUAUCUGUUUUGCAGCAUCCAGAAGGGGGCUAUGCCAUUGCCAGCAGCAGUGACGAUCGGAUGAAUGAGCCUCCAACCUCUCUUGGGCUCGUGCCUCACCAGAUCCGGGGAUUUCUGUCACGGUUUGAUAAUGUCCUUCCCGUCAGCCUGGCAUUUGACAAAUGUACAGCUUGUUCUUCCAAAGUUCUUGAUCAAUAUGAACGAGAAGGAUUUAACUUCCUAGCCAAGGUGUUUAAUUCUUCACAUUCCUUCUUGGAAGACUUGACUGGUCUUACAUUGCUGCAUCAAGAAACCCAAGCUGCCGAGAUCUGGGACAUGAGCGACGAUGAGACCAUCUGAGAUGGCCCCGCUGUGAGGCUGACUUCUCCCCGGCCGCCUGCUGAGGAGCUCUCCAUCACCAGAGCAGGACUGCUGACCCCAGGCUUGGUGAUUCUGGUCCCCUCCUCUCCAUACCCUGAGGACUGGGACCCCCUCCGCUGCCCAGGAGCGGCCAGUGUUCAACGUUGCUCGGGAUUCACGAUGCCACCAGUUCAGAGCUGAAUAAUAACCUUGGCUUUGGCCUUGUUAUCGACCUGGGACUUGGUCCUCUGUGCAGUUUUUAUUUCUUGUGACAGUGUCUGAUAGCCGUCCCUCAGGAUCCUUUUCCCUUGGCCCUCAGGGGGUGGCCCAACACAGACCAAAUGGGGAGGUGAGCAACCAGCUCCUGUCCAGAGCCCCUGCGGGAGGUGGUACCCUCAUCCCCAGGAUGCCCUGCCAGCCCCACUGCAGGCUUCUCCUGUGAGGGCCCUGGGCAUGGCUGAGGGUGGGGCCCUGUGAGCACACUGCAGCCUGGCCCUGGUGGAGCGGGAGGAGGAGAGCCGAGCUGGGUGCGAGACUAAAGGGCCCACAUGAUCCACUGACCCCAGCUUUCCACCACCGAUGGAGUGCGCCGCCCAGACAUGGCUUUCCUGCCUCCCGGCCUGUCCUCCGCUGUGGGCAUAGCAUCUGUGCCUGCCUGCCUGCUUGAGGGAGAGGAGUUUCUGUUGCUGCCUUGAGCUGGGGGAAGAGCCCAGGGCAGAUCCUGGCAGCUGCCAGGAUGAGGUGGAGUCCUCCCUGCCUUUAUGAGCAUGCCAGGCCCAGAAAGGCGAAGCCUGGGCUACCUUCCUGCCCCAGCUGAGGGGAGGGGUCAGACAGCUCUAACUCAGGCCAGAGCUGGUGUUCCUCUUUCUUCUGGGUGUGUGCAGCUGUGAUGCCCCAAGAGCAGGGGUUGGAAACCCAGGAGAGGCCAUGGCCUGGGUACCUCUGACCACCCUGCCCCGUGUAGAAGGCAUCAUCCCUGGAAUGCUGUAGGAACCAGAGGCACUCUUCCUGCUAUUUUAUUCUUUCAGCUUUCGUCUUAGGCCCAAAAUCAAAAUGAAAAUUGAGUCUGGGCUGACCCUUACAACAGCAGGAUUUAGUAGGGUAGAUUUCAAAUGAGGCGUCUCCCAAAGUAGCCAGUCCAAGUUCCGGUGGCUGUCGUUCAGCUCAUGGGAGCUUCAUGGGGACACAGCCGGCACAGGUGCAGGGCCCAAGUCCGCCCACCCAGCCUGGCGCUGAAACUCACUCGGGGGCUGAAGAGCCACACGUACACUAUGUGGUUUAAGAGCACUUUAUUAUUGUUCUUAAGGCUACUUUUAAGUACAAAAAAAAGAUGGCCUGCCAAACCUUUUUUUCUUCUUCCAGGAAAAACAGGCCACAGAGAAUGGUAUAUUACAGAUUUACACACGGAGAGACGCUCAGAGCGCACUGCAGGCGGCGUGGCUCUGGGAAGAACUUCACGGAGCCCCUUCUUAGAGCGGGGAAGGGGGCUCUUUCUCAGUGAAAUGUUUGGUUUUCUGCUGUCCCCUCUGCCCACAGCCCCCUCCAGGGUACUGCCUAUCCCAGAUAGGUCAGUGCACCAGGGGACCGGCCACCAGCACCGCCGACCCUCCCAGAGUGACGCCCUUGUUCACUGACAGAGACACCUGUCCCAGGAGUGUCCUCCACCGAGCCGGUCAGCAGCGGGUU